UUUGAACUUAUUGAUUUUAAGCGCAGUUUUAAUUUUUAAAUCUUAUGUUUGUAUUACAAAAAUCAAUUUUCCCAUUGUAUUUCGAUGCUUUGCAAAAGUCCUGCGCAAGAUCAAAUAGUAUCGAGCAAUCGCAUCCGUAUUUUUUUACGGAUUAAAGGAAAAUUACUAUUAGCUCCUCAAUACACAUAGUCAAAUACGCGAUUUCCGCGAUGAUAGUCGCUCACGAAGUCAACGCAGCGAGAGAACCAAUAGGCAUCGCGGAAAAGCGACUGCAAUAAAAUAACUUCGAUAUAUUUUUUUCAUGUUCUUUUUUUUUAGAAAGGAGUAGCACGCAGCGCGCGUGUUAGCCAAAAGUCAAGAUUCAUAAUAGUCGAUUCUAAUAUUUAAAACCGUCUUAAGUAUCAUCUUAAAUAUUAUAAGAUAGUCUUAAAUAUUCGAAAUAAGAAUCUACAUGAAUACUGGUCUACUACGUGAUUUUAGCACAGACUUGAACCAUUUUUAUCGGCAGUGUCGCAAAAUGGAUGUGAUUUUAGUUCACAUUCCGGAAUGUGAGUCGUUAGUGAGUUAGGAAUUCGAGCGUUAUAGAAAAAAAUGUCGGCAUUGCCGCUCUUCGGUGCCUCUCUGGUUAAAAUAUAUAAAAAAAAAUUUUUUUAAAUAAAAUAUUAAUUACGAGAUAUAAAGAAAAUUAUUUCAUUGUUUUAAUUCAUUAGUGAGCAUUGAAAUCCCCGUAAAUUUUAAUUCAACAAAUUCAAUAUUUGGCAUAAACUGCCAUUAUCCGAUUGCAGUUUUAAUGCGAACAUCGUCGGUUCUUAUAUCAAUCUCCGUGUAAACACGUGUUACCGGUUCGGUAUGCGGAUCUUUCUUUUGGAGCGUUUCUCAUCUCAUCGAGAUUCGAGCCGUCUUAAUUUACCGAUAACGUAUCACGUGGAAGAGAACCGGAAUCAACGUCGGUCACGAUAUGUAACACACAUACAUCGUGAGCGGAACAAGACACAGUCGAUUCGCGACGUGAAGUUAAUUUAUUAUCGACGAUUAAUGUUCGAUCAAGACCGACGAUUACAGUAUAAUUUGUAUAACCAUAUUCCGUAACUAUAACUAAUUUACCGCGGAAUGGAGCGAAAACGGCAGGAUCGCCGAGUUACUACCGAAGAGAAAUACAUUAACUGUGAUUGUCCAGGACCACGUUUGAAGGAGGAAGAAAAAUGUCGCCGGAUAAAUGCGGAUUAUACUAUAAAGAAGCUGCGAGAACUCGUAUCGGAUCCUGUCACCAACGAUCACGUUACGCGCAUAUCGCGACUUUUGUCCGAUUAUCUACUUGAGAUUGGCGACGACGGUUAUCCAAUCAAACAUCUGCCGGCUGUAAUGAAAGUGCUAGAAUUUCUAGCUUGGAAGGCCAGAGAAACCAACGACUAUCGGAUACAUCUGGACAGGAUGUUGCAGUUGUGCAGUCAACCGCCUUUGCUGAAACAAACUUCCGAGAGUCUCAUUAGCUCCGUUAUAAUGGAGCAUUAUUUUACCUUGCUCGGUUAUCUUCUGACAGUUUUGCCCGCUGAGGAAGACGUUCAACGGAUCCACAAAGCUCUCGAUUGUUUACUAAUCAAGCAGACGAAACCGACGAACGUCGCGGCAGUAAAAUUGGAUCUUCGUCAUCGAGCCAUGGAGGAUUCCAGAUUGCCAAUUAUCAUUGUCGAAUUGCUGGAGGCUGCUAUGCCGAAAAUAUACCCGAAGAUUUUAGAACUAGCCUACAUGCUCGCCUCGAUCUCGAAUCAGUGUUGUUACAGAAUGCUGCAAGCCGGCGUGCUGAAUACGCUGCUCACCAGGAUGGACCUUCCUUAUGCAACGCAGCUGCGUUGCGCCAGACCGCCGGACGUAUCUCUCGAGGGAAACGAAUAUCCAUGGGACAUCGCGCUCUUGAUAAUGAAACUCUUGUGGAGCCUUAUGAGGUCGGCGUUAUCUCCUAAAAUGCCACCGGAACACCUGAAGGACCUCCCAUCGCCCAAGCAAUGCGCCAUGUGGGGCUUAAAGUAUUCCUUCCAGCGACAGAUAAUUCGCGCUCAAUACUGCGCCGUCAAUUUGAGGAUCAGGAACGACAUCGCCGCAUUGAUCCUCGCUGGAAUCGUGGCUUUACCUUCGUGGGAUCUAGUCAGCAGCGGUAUCGCGGAGGAUAUCGUCAAUCUCUUAUCCGCAAUUGACUCUGACACUACUAAAAUAUGGACGGAAAAUGUGAAAUUCGCCGACAACGACGAGGACCUCUUCUUUAAAAAAACCCUGCUCAUGAUCAUCGCUCAUCUCGCCGAUAUCGACAUUUAUGUCUUUGUGAUGCAAAAGGAGAUGAUCAUGCCAAUUAUUCUCCGAAUUAUUAAAUCCUGUAUGAACGAUAAAAAGAAUAAGAGAUAUUCUUCGUCGAUGAUUCUCUUAGAGCACGCGAUGUAUAUCUUAUCGCUGUUAGCACCACGAAUAGAGACGGAAUUCGUAAAACGCAGGGGCACUUUUAUAUUACUGGCGAUGCUCGAGAGAAUUUUUGAUGUGGAAUUCAACGAGCACCUUGCGAUGAUUUUUACGAGAGCUGUCUGCUCGAUAAUUUUGCAAGACAACGCUCUUCUUUUGGAGGAUUUCCAAAAACAUGAAAUGAUACCGCUUUUGAUUAAAUUAAUCAGCGAUGUAAUGCGUUUAGAUAAGCUCACGAUGAAGAGGCAACGAAUUUUAACGUUGCUACUGAUCGCACUAGAAGGUCUUGCGAAAAAACAAACAUCUGUUCCACAGAUGUGCGAACAACGAAGCGUCGAGCUUGUCUUGGAAAUUUUUACAAAGUGUUUGUACCAAAAAACCGUGGACUUCCAAGUUGAUCAGCGGCUGUUAUUAGCGAUAGGUGCUUACAUUUGGAAAUGCAUAACGCGAUGUCCCGAGAGUCUUCAGGUUUUCCUGAAAAACGGUGGAUUGUACUCUAUGCUAGACAUCAUCGAUAUCGCGAGCUACCCCGUAAGAUGUUUGUACCUUGGUGCGUUAACCGACAUUUGCGAUAACACUUUUUGCGGGCCGUGUCUCUGCACCUGGAGAGGCGCUGAUAAGAAGAGAGGUCUAAUGUCUUUGCUCACGACUAUUUGGCGAGAAGAGGAAGAUAGGAUCGGUAUCAAGAGACACGCCGACAAUUCCAUAGCAGAUCCUGAAUUUCCUCAAAUGGGUACUAAGCAGUGGAAAGAUACCUAUUGUUCACAGUUUACGACAGACGUUAGUCCCACCAUAAUCGAUAUGAUUGGCUCAGUGAGAUCAAAGAUCUUCAGUAUUUUGAAAAUCAUUGAGAGAGACGACGGCAAAUACACCACUGCCAAAAAUCAUUACAAGAUCCUUCUUAACGAAUUGCCAACGGAAGCUCGCGUAACGCUGUGCUGCGUCGACAUGUAUCUACAAUUAAAGCUCGGCCAGAUGUGGAUGGAGCUCAAUAGGUACUUGCAGCAGAUUGACAUAACACCGUUGAGCAUAGACGCACAUCUGAUCGCCCACAUGGUGCAAUGGUGCCGUUCGUGCGGCAUGCAGAUCGAGCAUCGCCAGAAAAGGCUGAUCGCAACGGCCAGACGCGCAGACGAGAUCUCGGAAAAGGACGAGCUCGUGAGGAUACGCGACUCCAAGCUCGCGCCGAGCUUGGAAGCGUUGGACGAGGUGGACCGCAUCCGUCGCACGACCGAUAGACCGUACAUGUUGCGGAAGAAAGAUCAACAAAGGCGACAAGUGCGCGCGGCCCUGUCGUUCCCACGCGAUGCUGACGCCGAGCGAUGCCAUCGAACGUUUUCGGAUAAGACAAACGUCACGGCAAUUCUCGGGCAACAUCAGUCGAUUGACACUUCGCAUCUAAAGGAUCCUCAGAUUGAUUUUACAGAGAUACCUUUGGUAUCAUCCUGCAGUUCAUCCUGCGAAGAAAUCUUUUCUACGCUCGAAGUUUCCGCAAAUUCCCUAUUGUAUGGACGCCAGUUCGCAGACGAAUACGUGAUCGAAAGUCUCAAUCGAUAGCCUGCGCGUUGCUUACGUCAACAAAUAAUAAUUUAUCAAAAUGUAUAAUGUUAAAGAGAAUCAGAGAGAGUAAAUGCAAUAAUUUCUUUCUCGUGUGACGAACUAUGAUACUACAAUAUUAUCUUCCUUCGAUACAAUAGUUGUCUUCCUUGUCGACAAGAAAAUGUCAUUUUUUUGUUUGAAAUUAAUUCAAGUAAAAUUUGAAACGCGUUUACAAA